AUGAAUUCUAUACCUCUCACUCCAUCUUUUGAGAACGUCAAAACUAUAUAUGACUUUGCUAAGCUUGCUGGCGAGUUAAAAUCUUUGAAAAGAACUGGCUGGACUCACUUCCCAGGAAUUAAAGAAGUUGAAAGUGUUGCAGACCACUCAUGGAGAAUGAGCUUGUUUUGCAUGCUUUUUGCAAAAGAUAAAACUAUUGACUUUGAAAGAUGCAUUAAAUUUGCUAUUAUACAUGAUUUAGCUGAAGUGAUAGUUGGUGACAUUACUCCUCGUGAUGGUAUUUCUGAAGACCAAAAGCAUAAAAUGGAAGAUGAAGGAAUAAAACUUCUGUUAUCCAAGAUAGAAAACUAAGAAAUACGUGAUGAACUUUAUUCAAUAUGGAAAUAAUAUGAAGACAGAAAGUGUCCUGAAUCAAAAUUAGUUAAAGAUAUGGAUAGAUUUGAAAUGAUGUAGUAAGCAUUUGAAUAUGAAUAAAAGUACCCAGUGGAUUUGUCUGAAUUUUUUUCAGACUCUAGUAGAAUAACUCAUCCUGUAAUAAAAAGUUGGUUGUAAGAACUUCUUGAAAAAAGAGAGGCCUUUUUAAAACAAUAAAAUCCUAACUAAUAAAAAACACAUUGUGAAUAAGAGCAAUAGCAACAAUAAUGA